GCUGCUUCCUCUCCGGAAAUGUGAAUUCCCGUAGCUCCCUCACCACAUUCAGGAAGCCCCUGGGAUUCCGAGAACAUGGAGCAAGCGCGCCCUCCCUUGAAGGUUGGGAAGUUCGUGGUGGUGGGCGGCGGCAUCGCGGGCGUCACUUGUGCGGAGCAGUUGGCGAUUAACUUUCCAUCAGAAGAUAUUCUCCUGGUAACAGCUUCUCCUGUUAUUAAAGCGGUUACAAAUUUCAAGCAGGUUUCUAAAAUAUUGGAAGAAUUUGAUGUUGAAGAACAACCAAGUACCAUGUUAGAAAAUCGCUUUCCCAACAUUAAGGUUUUAGAAUCUGGAGUAAAGCAACUGAAGAGUGAAGAACAUUGCAUAUUCACAGAAGAUGGCAGUCAGCAUGUGUACAAGAAACUCUGUCUAUGUGCUGGAGCUAAACCAAAGUUGAUAUGUGAAGGAAAUCCUUAUGUAUUAGGAAUUCGUGAUACAGAUAGUGCUCAGGAAUUUCAGAAACAGCUUACUAAAGCUAAAAGAAUAAUGAUCAUAGGGAACGGUGGCAUUGCACUUGAGUUAGUGUAUGAAAUUGAAGGCUGUGAAGUUAUUUGGGCCAUUAAAGAUAAAGCUAUUGGGAAUACUUUCUUUGAUGUAGGAGCAGCAGAAUUUUUGACUUCCAAACUCAUUUCUGAAAAACCAGAGACUAAAAUUGCACAUAAAAGAACUAGAUAUACAACUGAAGGAAUGAAAAAAGAAGCAAGAACCAAAGGUAGAGCUGAUAAUGUAGGCAGUGCCUUGGGACCAGAUUGGCAUGAAGGCUUGAGUCUUAAAGGAACAAAAGAGUUUGCUCGUAAAAUUCACAUUGAAACUAUGUGUGAAGUAAAGAAAAUCUACCUUCAGGAAGAAUUUAGAAUUCUGAAGAAAAAGUCCUGGACUUUUCCAAAAGAUCAUCAUAAUGAAUCAUUUAAAACUGAUAAAGAGCUGUGGCCUGUGUAUGUGGAAUUGACUAAUGAAAAGAUAUAUGGCUGUGACUUCAUUGUCAGUGCUACAGGAGUUACACCAAAUAUAGAACCUUUUCUCAGUGGUAACAAUUUUGAACUAGGAGAAGAUGGUGGCCUGAAAGUAAAUGACCAUAUGCACACAUCCCUUCCUGAUAUCUAUGCUGCAGGUGACAUCUGCACUGCAUCUUGGCAACCUAGCCCAGUCUGGCAGCAGAUGAGGUUGUGGACCCAGGCCAGACAGAUGGGAUGGUAUGCUGCAAAAUGCAUGGCUGCAGCUAGUUUGGGAGACUCUAUUGACAUGGAUUUCAGCUUUGAACUGUUUGCUCAUGUAACAAAAUUUUUUAACUAUAAGGUUGUAUUGUUGGGAAAAUACAAUGCACAGGGCUUAGGUUCAGAUCAUGAAUUAAUGCUGAGGUGUACCAAAGGACAAGAAUACAUCAAAGUCGUCAUGCAAAAUGGGCGAAUGAUGGGAGCUGUCUUAAUUGGUGAAACUGAUUUAGAGGAAACAUUUGAAAAUCUAAUUCUAAAUCAAAUGGAUCUUUCAUCAUAUGGAGAAGAUCUUCUAGAUCCAAAUAUUGAUAUAGAAGAUUAUUUUGACUAAAAUGGGAAUUUCUUCAAGAACCAUACAAAGGUCCAAAUGAGGAAAACUGGAAAUCAGUAAAAUGAAUGACUGCAGUAAUCUAAUGAUGGCCACAUUGAACUUAAAAAUAUAGAAGUGAUAAUGAUGUUAGUGGGAGAAGUAUUAAAUACAAUUCUAAGGAUGAAAUCAGUUCAGAUAAUUUAUUUACAGAUAUAUUUUUUAACACAAAAUUGAUCACUUAUUAUGUAAGAAAUCUUAACACAUUUUUAUGUUUUGAACUUAAACAUUUUAUUUGUGAUUUAGCUUUGGAGCAAAUUUAACUAAGUUGUUCUCUAUUUAGCCAAAAUGUAUCCUAAUAGACUAGAUCCAUUUUUGACUGUAAAAUGUCAAAGGAGGGAUGUAGUGUAAGGAAGCUUAUAGUUUUAUAUUCCUGAAAUAGAGAUAUAACUUGAACUUAUUUGCUAAUAUUAUUUGUAUUGAUGCCUCAUUCUUUUUGUUUGAAUUAUACAGAUACUUUUAUAACCUGAAGUCAUCUACAUUAUUCAGCUUAAAAUAUCACUCACUUGUAGUUAAUAGCCUGUGUCAGUUUAAUAUUGCUAUCAAAAAGAUAGUUAAGUCAAAAGAAGAACAUACAAUUAGGUAUACCAAGGCAUAAAGAGAAUAUGAGAGCCAGAUGAAUUUAUUGUCAAAGUAUUUUGUAUUUGUAAAAUUUUACAUAAAAAUGAUUUAUAUUUCCUGUUUUAUAUUGUAAAAUUAUAUAAUUUGUGAUUCCCAAUUAUUGAAAGGUCUCAUAUUUUCAAGUCUUCAGAGAUAAGCCCUAAAAAUAUAGCUCUCUUUAUAUAAAUUA